UUACCCCCAAUAACGACGACGUUUAGUAACUUACCAAGAAAGAAACAAAAGGUGGGCCACACGCUGAUUCUUCUGAAACUUCUUCGAAGGAAACACAGAUUUCACAUUUGGGUCAAAUCUUUCGCACACGUCAAUGACGCUCUUCACUACAAAAACACACACCGUUAAUAACUCCGUCAUCAUCUCCCCCUAGUCAAAAACACUGUCACGUGUUAUCACCGUCUAAAUCUAACACCGUUAACACUAAACAAAACAACGCUAUAUAAACCAAAAACUUUUUUCUUCUUUCCUCUCUCAUUAAACUUCAGAUCCUUUUCACCAGCAACACAAGUUUCUUCCCCCUUUUUCAAAAGAUGAUGCCAAAUUCUAGAUCGGCGACUAUAACUCCGGCGACCGAACCAACAACCACCACCACAACGACGGUUACGACGUCGUACUGGUGUUACAGUUGUACGCGAUUCAUCAGCGUUUGGGAAGACCAAGACGCGAACGCUGGAGUCUUAUGUCCUUAUUGCAACGGUGGAUUCAUCGAAGAGAUCGAAGAUUCUUCUUCUAAUAAUUCUUCCGUUGCGGCGAUUCCGGCGACGACGACGAAUCAGGAAGUUAGAUCGGUUGGAGAUAGUCAUAGAUCUGUAAUUAGACGCCGUAGAUCCAAUCGUCGGACGUCGUUUAAUCCGGUUAUUGUUUUGCACGGAGGAGGAGGAGCUGGUGAGAGAGUUGAGAACGAAGAAGGAGACGGAGCUGCUAGAGAACGACGCGCUUAUGAGUUUUAUUACGAUGAUGGAUCUGGUUCAGGUCUUAGACCUCUUCCUGAUUCUGUUUCCGAGAUCUUGAUGGGAUCUGGAUUUGAAAGGUUGCUUGAACAAUUGAGUCAGAUCGAAGCGUCUGGUAACGGAAUCGGUAGAUCUGGGAACCCGCCGGCGUCGAAAUCGGCGAUUGAGUCUUUACCUAGAGUCGAGAUCUCAGAUUGUCAUAUGAAAGCGGAAGCUAAUUGCGCCGUGUGCACGGAGGUCUUCGAAGCAGGUGUCGAAGGUCGUGAGAUGCCGUGUAAACACAUUUUUCACGGUGAUUGUAUCGUUCCAUGGCUCUCGAUUCGGAACUCGUGUCCCGUUUGUAGAUUCGAGUUACCUUCGGAUCCGAUUCAACGGAGUAACGAGGAAGAAAACGCUGUGGGGAUGACGAUUUGGAGAUUACCGGGAGGUGGUUUCGCUGUUGGGAGGUUUAACGCGGCGAUGAGAGAAGGAGAGAGGGUUUUGCCUGUGGUGUUGACGGAGAUGGAUGGUGGUGGACUUGGUAGUAAUGAAGGACCGAGACGUAUCUCGUGGGUUAGAGCACAUGAGACACCGGAGAUGAGUAGAAACGGUGGGAGUUCAGGUAAUGGUGGUAGAUUGAGAAGAGCUGUUCGUGGAAUGGUUUCGUUUAUGAGAAGAGUGAGACCAAAUCGUGGCUCUUCUUCUUCCUCUUCUUCUCAUUCGAAUGCGAAUUCGAAUCUUAUUGAUUUGGAUAGUGAUGGUGAAACUAGAGUAAUGAAUCGAUCGACUUCGUUGAUCAGAAGAUUUUUCUGAUUAGGUGAAAAAAAGAAAACAAAAGUUCAUUUUUUGGUUUGUUGAUUCAACAAUGUAUGUAUAUAUAUUUAUUCAGAUUGGGAAAUCUCGUGUUACAAUCAGAUUUUAUGGGAAACAAAUUUCUAAGUAGUAGUAUUGGUUUGCCUUUUGUUUUGGACCAAAUUCUUAAAACAUUUUUUUUUCAUUGGAUUCUGAGAAAGUGAAAGGAUUGUGUUU